AUGGCACAAGCUGAACAGCUCCCAACUCUCCUACGAACCCAUGAGAUCGCCCUAACCCCAUGGAAGACUCUGUAUAAGUGGCUUCCACCUUUCUCUGACGACAAAGACUGGUGGUGGAAGACUCUCGGGCAACAACUCACCACUCUUCUUACUCAGGCCAAUUAUGACCUGAACGAGCAGUAUGAAGCUCUACUGUUCUUGUACCGAUGGGUUAUCCCCGGUAUGGGACCCAGACCACGGUCAACUGUGGCAUCGUGGAAAAGCUUCAUGACUGAUGACCAUUCUCCUAUUGAGUACAGCUGGAAGUGGAGCUUUGGUAGCAAGAAGCCUGAAAUUCGAUAUGCCAUCGAGCCCAUUAGCCCCCUUGCUAGAAGUGUGCAAGAUCCAUUCAACCAAGCUGCUACACAGACUCUUAUGCACAAUCUUGCCAAAUUCAUGCCUGAACUUGAUUUGACUUGGUACGAUCAUUUCUGGCGUGAGCUUCUGGGCCCUGGAACACCAGCCGCGUCUACUGCUGGGGGUACGGGAGGCACUUCAACCAUGUUCGUUGCCUUAGAGAUGCUUCACGAUCAUUUAUCUGUCAAAGUUUACUUUAUACCGGUUGAGACACCUGAGCUCAGUGCCUGGCACCAGGUAAACCGAGCUAUCAGAAACUUAGAAUAUCAAAGUCUUGAGUCUUUGAACCACAUGGAAUCAUAUCUCUCAAAUGACGAGGACGGGUGCCAGCUCCGCCCUUUCAUGCUGGCAAUAGACUGCGUCAAACCAGAAGCUUCACGGCUAAAGAUAUACGCGAGGUCGACUCAGACAUCCUUCCGCUUCAUUCGAAACGUCAUGACUGUUGGUGGACUACGGACCGGCUUGGACCAGUCUUUAGACAAUUUCUACGAUUUGUGGAAACGCACUCUUGGCCUCGACCCUGAUUCUUCACCUGAAUCAGAGUUACUAGCAGUGAAUCACCCAACAUCUGGGGCUGUGUUUCACUUUGACGUUGGCCCCAAAUCGCCCAUUCCUGACGUUAAGGCGUAUAUCCCUGUUCGUCAUUAUGCUAGAAAUGAUCUGGAAGCUGCACUUGGACUUCUUGGGUUUCUCGAAGACCAUGGGCGUGGAAAUCACUCGCAGUCGUAUCUCCGCGCAUUGCAUGCUUUGGCGCCGUCAGGAAGUCUUGGCCAAACUAUUGGACUGCAAACUUACUUUGCAGUUGCGUGUCAGGGUGAUGUUUUAUCUCUGACCUCAUACCUCAACCCUCAGUUCUAUGCAGCUUUUGAGGAAUCAUGA